AUGAAUCGUUCUACUUUCACUGAUAAUCCUGUUAUCUGUUUCAGCCCGACGGUAUUUGUGAGAACCCAUAUUUCGACUUGGAGGAUGAAGCGUGGUGUGUUCAUCGUUUUUGAGGGAAUUGAGAAAUGUGGCAAAAAAACACAGUCUAGGUUGCUUGCCGAUGCUUUGACACAGAUCACUGGAAAAGAAACGCUGUUCAUACACUUUCCCGAUAAGUCCACUAGUGUGGGGAAGAUAAUCGACCGCUAUCACUCUGGUGAACUGAAACUUGACCCACGCGCGGCACAUUUACUCUAUACUGCUAAUCGCUGGGAGCGUCAAUCUGAAAUUGCAGAAGCUCUGUCAAAUGGAAUCAAUGUCGUCGUUGACCGUUAUAUUUACUCUGGCAUAGUUUACACUGCGGCCAAAUUUAAUCCCCUAACGAGCGCCGAUUGGAGUUGGUGUCGGUCCACGGAAUCUGGUCUCAUCCAGCCGAACCUCAUUUUGUUUCUGGCUCCCGAGAAUUUCACCGAAAUUGCAGCUCGAGACGGAUUCGGACAGAAACCGCAUGAAACCCAGUCGUUCCAAGUUCGUGUUCUGUCUAAUUAUGCUCGUCUGUCACGUGAAAUGGAGUGUGAACUGAAUGAGGAAGCCAAUGGUAUUGGGGACAAGGACACCUCCACUGCGAAGCCAAUCCUAUGGAACUGGGUCCAAGCCACAGGCCAAACUGUUGAUGAUAUCCAUAUGUGCGUUAUGUCCAUUAUUGACCCUCUCCUGUAACCGUUGCCAUGCUUUUCAUUUAUCCCGGUUGAGUUAGAUCCCGCUCUUCAUUAUUGAUAAUAUUCUUACCGUGAAUCUUCACUCUGUCUUCACUUGUCCCAAGUGCGAUACCGUAGAUAGCUUCUAUGCUCACUUCAGUUUUUAAACUUAUAUCAUGUUUUAUCCGUUAAUAAUCGCUCCCGACACUGCACUGGUUUCAUCUCUUGCGGAGAUAACCGGAGCUGCGAGUGACACCUGUGAGGCUGUGGUUGAAUACUAACACCUUGCUCAAUGAAACACUGAGCACAUCAGACUAGAAUACCCGCUGUUUGUUUAGAUUGCGACACAUGAUGUCAACUGUGAGUACGAUUUACGUUGAGAUAAAUCCCAAUCAG